GCCACAACGGCUAGUUUCCAGAAUCAAAUGACCGUUUGAGCAAUAAUAACAACACACUCCCAAAAGUUUCAAAAUCUCAAAAACACCGAAUUCAACAUAGACAAUAUCAAUACAUAAUUUCUGAUACAGUUUUUCAUCUUCAACAAAAUUCUCAAACAACAUUUUCACCUCUUUCAACUUCAUCAAACAACAAUGGUGUACACCAACUACACACCCACUUACUACUCUACUCUUCAUGAUUCAAUCACCUCUUUCUGCAAAACCAUUCUUCCUUUCAACUUCAAAAAACGUUCUUUACCUUCUGCAGAACAUAGAUUGUCUAAGCUACAAUCCGACAACCUUAAAUGGCAACAAGAUUCUUUCCACCAAGUUUUAAACUUGAUGGGUCUUCACAAAGAAGGAAUUGUAGCUGAAACUGAAGUUAAAGCUUUCAAAACUCACUUGCUUGAGACCCUUAUCGCGUCUCCUCCGGAACAAGAACACCCCAUCAUAAUAAGAGACAAGCUUCUGUUUUUGCAGGAACUACUUUAUGCUAAGUGCAUUUCUGAAGAAGAUUACCAUUCUUCUAAAAGGCCAUUGGUGCAAAGAUUAGCAGUACAAGGAGCUAAGAUUGAUGCUAGAGACGUGAUUGCGGGGAAAUCGAAAGAUUUGAAAGAGAAUUCUGAAGAGGAGUGGUCUGUGAUUGACUUGAAAGAUGAUAAGAGUUUGAUGAACAAGGAGAAUUUGAAUUCUAAGGGAAAAUCAAGUCAUGGAUCAGCUUUGAAACAGAUUAAAGGAGCAGCUUCGGUUUUUGGGUUUGUAUCUUCAAACAAACAUGAAAAGAGUAUAUUUGAUUCACCUCCUUUGCAUAAACAACAAAGUGAUGGGAAAACUAUUCUUAUGGAGGAAAGUGAGCCUCCGAAACCGGCGAAGGAAAGCGGUGGUGGUUCGUCGAAGAGGAAACCAUUUAGGACUUUGUUUCAUAAAGAGCAUAAAGAGGGAAAUGGUGGUGGGUCUGAGGUAGAACAAAGAGGAGGGAAAUCAGUGAAAAAACAAUGGGGGUUUGAUGGAUUGAAGAAAUGGAAGAGAAAUGAAUUGGAUGAUGAUGAGACUGCUCCUUUGCCUCUGAAUCAGAGAUCUGAUAGUGAGGCUUUCUCAGCUUCAUCUCAGUCUUUUGCAAGAGCAGUUGGCGAUGGGCCGGAUACCAAGUUGAUCAAGAAGAAGUUGCAUUCUGAUGGUGCUCCAUCUGAUUUUUUCAUAGAUAAGGUUUUGGGAAACAACAUAAAGAAGGAGUUGUCAAGAAUCCAGACAGAACUUAGCAGCACAAACCCAAAUCUUAAAUUUUCGAAUGAUCAGAUGGAAGCAAUUUCUACAAGAAUUCCGGUGGAUAAGGCUGAUUUGAAAAACUACUUCCCCAAAUCAUGGUGUGACAAGUAUGGUGAUGUUGUGCUGGAUGUGGUGAAAAAGGAAUUCAAAAACCACGUUGAAGAAAUGGAAAACAAGCGCAGCAUUUCAAGAGAAAAACAUUUGUCCGGCAACUCAAAGCGGUGGACAACAUUUGAUGAUGAUGAAAACGUUCAUCCAAAUCUUUUUGGUCAUCAUGAUAAUUCAGUUCGCAGUAGUAACAUCAAUCCAUUUUCGCAAGGUUAUGCUGAGAGUACAUGGAACUGAUUAAGCUGAGGUCCAUAUCAGCUUCUUCCUCUAAGAAACUAAUUAAGCUGAGGUCUCUAUCAGCUUCUUUCUCCAAGUAACAUGCAUGAAUUUGUUCAUACAAGCAAAUGUUAUUGUACUAGAGUAUAUUGUACUAGUAGUCAAGAUUAAUCUUUGAAUCUAUAUUUCAAACUCCUUUGAAUGUUCAA